AGAGAGGGAGAGGGAGGGAGGUGAGCAGAGCACACACGUCGCACUAUCAACUGAAUCCAUCUAAGAAAACAACUCGCAGGGAGUCCGGCUCCGAGCUGCGAAGACACUGAAGGCAAGUUUGAGCUCCCCGGUUUAACAGCGCACCGGACGGACAGACGGAGGGACGGAGGGACGGACGCAGCUGGCCGUCAUGGCCCGUGGCGGACACUUCGGCUUGUGCGUCCUCACCGUGCGGGCAGGAAGGGGAGAGGUGGGCGCUGCGAUCACCCUGCCGCCGCUUUCUUUGCGCUGCGGACGGUGUUGAGUGAAAGGCGGAGGAGCUGCGAAGGAGAAGCUGGGAGGGAAACAGACAAACAAAAAAAAAAAAGUGCGGACAGCGGUGAGAGGACAGCCACAACCGAGGGGACCCAUGCAGGCAAAUAUGCUGUUCCGUAGACUCACCGGGUUCACGCUGCUGCUGAUCGGAGCCGAGUGUUACCGAACGGACCUUUACGCACGGUCAUACAGCGGGACCGCAUGAAGGACGGAGGCGCAGAGAAAGGAGAAAAGUUAACGCGGUUGCGGGUUUUGUAAUGGAUAAAGGCUCGCCAAAGGUCUCUGGAUCCAAAUGUCACCCCCCCUGGACUCUGCCCUGGUCGGGGACCGGCAGUGUGUGACGGACAGGCGAGUGGAGCCUGCGGUGGCUCUCUACUGCGUGGCUUCAAAUUGGCCCUGGCUGAGCUCUGCAUGGAGCAGCGAGUGAAGAGUCCUGCUAUGGUCUGAUGUCUCAGCAUGGAUGGAGUCAGUCAGAGGACUGGCCACCACUAAUGAGACCAUCGCUCUUCAGCUGAGGACUAGCAUUUACAGGAUUACUCCCACGGUUUCCUGCUCUUUUCCCAGCUAACUGCAUCAUUACCAAACUCUCCUAGUUGGACUUUUUCGUGGCUCUGGUUUUUGGUGGAUAUAUACGUCAUUCUGAUUUUCAUAUUUCUUUUAUUCCCUUUUUUUUUAAUUGUUGGUUUCCCUUUUCCUGUUUUGUUUUUCCACUAUGGAGUUUCUGGCUGGACCCUGGAAUAAAGAUUGGGCUUCAUUCUUGCAGUUUUGGUUGACUGUCAUCCUGAGCCUCCAGAUGCAGUUCAGCCCGGGCGCCUCUUGCCCGGAGGAGUGUCGUUGUGACAAAACGUUUGUGUACUGCAACGAGCGCAGCCUGACGUCAGUGCCUCUGGGGAUACAGGAGGGCUUCAAGGUCCUCUACCUACACAACAACCAGAUCAACAAUGCUGGCUUCCCUCUGGAACUUCACAACGUGGCCACCGUGGAGACGGUGUAUCUCUACGGCAACCAGCUGGACGAGUUUCCUGUCAAUCUGCCCAAAAACACCAGGGUCCUGCACCUCCAGGAGAACAAUAUCCAAACCAUCUCCAGGGCGGCCCUGGCCCAGCUGACUAAGCUGGAGGAGCUGCACCUAGAUGAUAACUCCAUCUCCACAGUGGGCGUGGAGGAAGGAGCCUUUAGGGAGGCGGUGAGCCUCAAACUCCUCUUCCUCACCAAGAACCACUUAAGCAGCGUUCCCAUCGGCCUCCCCGAGGACCUGAAAGAGCUGCGGUUGGAUGAGAACCGUAUUGCUCACAUUGCAGAGGAGGCCUUCCAGAAUGUGACACGCCUGCAGCGCCUCCUGCUGGACGGGAACCUGCUGACGGACGAGGGCAUAGCACCUGGGACCUUCCAGGACCUGUCAAACCUCCGUGAGCUGGCCCUGGCCCGCAAUUCACUCACCUUCCCCCCUCCGCUCCUCCCGAGCCAGUCGCUGGUCAAACUCAGCCUGCAGGAGAACCAGAUUGACCAGAUCCCUGUGGCGGCCUUCGCUGACCUCAACAGGCUGGAAAAACUGGAUAUCUCCAGCAACCAGCUUCAGACUCUGACGCAGGGUGUGUUUGACGGCCUGUCAAGCCUGAGGCACCUCAUGGUGCGAAACAACCCGUGGCGUUGUGACUGUGCUGUGAAAUGGGUGGUGGUGUGGCUCAAAUCUUUGCCCCCCUUCAUCAAUGCCCGAGGCUUCGUGUGCCUGAGUCCAGACAAGGUGCGUGGCAUGGCAAUCAGAGAGCUCACGCUGGAUAUUAUAGAGUGCCCCGUGGAUGCUGACCAGCCGCCCUGGCCCACUCUCCGCUCCACACCCCCUCCCCCACCCACAACCACCCCUGUCACCACCAUGAUUUCCACCCUCAUCACCACAUCCAUCCCUUACUACUUUGACUCUCCCUCCCCUCCCUUACCCCCGAUCCAUAACAACCCUCCCGGGCCUCUGCCUCCGUACGAGGACCCCCUUCAGAUCUCUUUCCACGUGGUCAACUCCACCAGUAUCGAGGUGAGCUGGGCUUCUUAUUUCACCGUCACAGCCUACAAGGUCACUUGGGUCAAAAGGGGCCAAAGCCAAAUAAACGAAGGGAUGCGGGAGAGGACAGUGAGCGGGGACCGGCGGCACAUUAGCCUCACCAACCUGGAGCCCCGGUCCGUGUAUCGGAUCUGUGUGCACGUGUUGGACACCCUUAACUCCUACAGACCCGGAGAGGAUACUAUAUGCUCUGAGGCCAGGACCAAGGCUGUUGCGUCGACGAAGCCUCCCGGUAGAGAGCAAGCUCCUCAGGAGAGCAUCAACUCCACGCUGCUAAUGGCUGGGAUCAUAGGCGGGGCGGUGCUCAUCAUCCUGGUGACGCUGCUCAGCCUCUUCUGCUGGCACAUGCACAGGAAGAGCCGGUCGUCUUCGACCAAGUGGAAAUACAACCGGGGCAGGAGAAAAGACGACUACGGCGAGGCUGGGACCAAGAAGGAUAACUCCAUUCUGGAGAUGACUGAGACCAGUUUCCAGAUAGUGGCGCUGAACAAUGAGCAGCUGCUGAAGGGAGAUUUUCGCAUUCAGCCCAUCUACACGCCCAACGGGGGCAUUGGAUUUAGAGACUGUCACCUCAGUAACAACAGCAUAGCCUACUGCAAGAGCAGCAACGUGCCGAGUACAGAGUUCUGCCACACGUGAUGCGGCGGCAAAUAGUAGAGCAGCAUUCACACACACAUACCAGAAACACUUAAUGCAUAAGUACACACAGCGUUUGUGACAAAAAACAUAAAGAUUCUAGUGAAAUAUAACUGUACUAUAUAUAUUUCCAAGUUCUGUCUACGAUGUAAUUUAUACUGUGGAUAAUAAUGUGGGAUUCUCUGCUAUCUUUUUUAUCUUAGAGGAAGAGAUACAAGUGUUUCUUUUUUUAUAACCAGCAGGGUUUUGAAAGUUGUUUUAAUGGUCAGUACUGUACAUGAACACGGAUUUGUACAAUCACGGCACCCUGGGUGUAGCUUCUGACGGACGCUGUCAGCCUUGGAAAUGUUGGGGCACAUUUAGAGGGCUGGGAUCCUUUGCUAACCACAGAAGCAAAAAAGAAAACAAAAAAAUGGCCUUUUUUUUUUUUUUUUUGCUCUUU